AUGGAAGAUGAAUUGGAAUGUUCAAUUCCAGUUGCAAGAGGUGGACCAAUUUACGUUCCUAACAUGGUUGCCUCCGUCACCAGGGUUCCUCUUUUUCAGGAUUCACUUCAAUCUCAACUUCGGAGUCUUGAAGCUGAGUUACCUCAACAUUCUUCUUCUUCUCACGAUGAUGAUUUCUCGGUUGAUGACCUUAAAGUCUAUACAGAUGAUGAUUUGAUGGAUAGGGCUUUGAAACAAGUAUUUCAGGAUAAUGACAACAAUGAAAAUUGUCCACCACUGUUCAAUCAACCUAAUGCAGAGUGUCAGAAAAAGCGCUUCAAGAGAAAGAGUAGUGGAACAAAUAAUCCUAUUCUUGAUAGUAAGCGUAUAGAAAAGUUGGAGGAGGUUGUAAAAAUCAAACAGAAGCAGGAAGCAGACAAGGCGGAAGUCAGACUUCAUUCAUUUGAUCCCGUUUGCAGGAUUGAUGAACUUACCAACAAAUCAGUAGGAACUGAAAGGAUGAUGUCUCUCAGGUCCACAAGUUCUGCCCGAAAGGUGAACACAGCGGGCCUUCAAGACCACAUACCUGUGCAGAAUCCAGAAGUUGUUCUCGCUGUAGAGAUUUACCAUAAUGUUCGAAAAAGUGUUAAGAUCCAAGAGUUGUUAGUUCUUGGUGGACAGACCUUAACAGUAUUGAGGGACAAGAUCUGCUGCUCAACGGACCAAAUUAUGCAAAAAGCUGGACAACAUGAUCCUUCUGGUUAUUUUCUCAUUGAGGAUGUAUUUUACACUGAUUUGAGGGAUCCAUCUGCUAUUGAUUUGACCAGACCCAUAAUGGAUUGGCUCCGAAAUUCCAAGGAGGAUGCACAAAAGAAAUGGGAAUGUAUUAUAAAUGGGAAAUUGCAGCAAAAACAAAAAGCAGUCAUCGGGGAAGCAUCUGCAUCACACGUGCCUCGUUUUGCAUCUGUUCAGAUGCACAUGACACGAUUUUGUGACUUAAGCUUUCGACUUGGUGCUGGAUACCUUUAUUGUCAUCAGGGUGACUGUACCCAUGCCUUAGUAAUACGAGAUAUGAGAGUUUGCAAAAUAUUCAGAGCUACUAAGGUUACAGUGGAUGACAAAUGGGCACCCGAAAACCCUUGUCAUUUUUGUGAUGAAUGUUUUUCCCUACUUCAUCUAGCAGAGGAUGGCUCGCCAUUGUAUACUAACUUCGAAGAAUAUGAUUAUAAUCAUGAUUAG